CCACCCCAAACCAAUUCUCAGUCAAAUUAAUUAACCAAAACUACGUCAGGGAAGGUUUUUAGCGAGAGAGAAGAAUGGUUAUGAACAAUGAUCCAAGUGAUGUUAGAGAUAAAAUGCAGAAAUAUCAAGAAUAUAUUGGAGCUUUAGAAGAAGAACGUAGAAAGAUUCGAGUUUUUGAACGUGAGCUUCCUCUUUGUCUCGAGCUUGUUUCUAAAGCGAUUGAAAGAUGCAGACAGGAAAUGUCUAGGGAUUGCUUUAAUGUUCAAUCUGAUCAGUAUUCUGAACAAACAUCGAAUGAGGGUCCAGUUCUGGAAGAAUUUAUUCCCAUUAAACGAAACUUAUUCACAAAUGAAGAUGAAGGUGAGGGGCAGCAGCAACAAGAACAACAGCUAUCUCAUAAAUCCAAGAACAUUUGCAGCCAAGAUAAAUCAUCUCCAUUUUCUUUGAAACCAGACUGGCUUACAUCUGCUCAACUCUCAAUUCAAUCCCCAGAUCCACCCAUCGAAGAGGACUUAUUGUCGAAGAAGCUUUUUGCUACGGAGGUAAACAGAAAUGGUUACGGCGAUUACCAUCCUUUCAAGAAGAAGAAAAGCUCUUGUGCAGCCCUGACUACUGGAGUAGAGAAGUCAUUGACUUGUGCGGCCAUGGUGCCAACUGCUGCCGUCAGUUCCUCAGUGGACACAGACGGUGGUGGUGGUGAUGGUGGUGGAGGAGGAAGUAAGGGUGAAGAUAAAGGCAAGUCUAAUAUAAAAGAAAGGAGGUGUUGGUCGACGGAAUUGCAUAGACGGUUCCUUCAUGCUCUUCAACAACUUGGUGGUGCCCAUGUUGCUACACCAAAGCAAAUCAGGGAAUUAAUGAAGGUUGAUGGGCUCACGAAUGAUGAAAUUAAAAGCCACUUACAGAAGUAUCGUCUGCAUACAAGAAGGUUGAACCCUACAAUCCACAACAACGACCCACAUACUGCCCAACUAGUGGUGGUUGGCCGGAUAUGGAUGCCACCCUUGGAAUAUACCAGAAAGGCCGCCUCAUUUCCACCAUCGGGAAACACCAACAAUGCCAAAGUAGUAUAUGCCCCAAUUGCUUCUCUACCACCAUCUAUUACUGCAUCUCGAUACAAAACAAGACAAUGCAAGCAACAAUCCAAUUAUGAAGAAAAAGGUAGCCAAAGCCAUAGCAACUCGCCAUCCACCACCACCAUAUCUCCGGCCUUCUAAUCUUCAUCGCUACCACCACCUAAAUGUUUUUAGAGUGAUAGAUGUUGAAAAUUUGUGAAAGGCCAUUGUACUUGUUAUGCUUGUUAAUUUUCAUUCAGUAAUCUUUUGAAGGUAUAGGAUUCCAUUCAUAGAUGUUAUUUACCUUUUCUUUGUUGUUUUUAAUCACUCCACAAUUUUACAAAUAGAGGGUGUCGAUCAUUACAUUUGAGACA